AAAUCUCGAAAUACAAAGGGCAAUGCCAAUCUCACCAUCGCUGCGACAUGACAAUCAGUGGCACCGUCGCCUUUAAUAUUGAUUUUCGGAUUAUAUCUUCCACUGGUCAAACACACUCUCCAUUUCUUUCAAAACCCCUCAAUUUUCUCCUCUUCCCCACCUCCAUUUCCACCCCAAUUUACCCGCUGCUUGCUGCUCGCUCCUCCUCCUCUUUCAUCCCUUAUUUCGAUAUGGAUAAUGGUGCGGGUCUCAGUUUGUAUCCACUACAUCGUUGCAAAACAAUUCACCUGGGCAUUCAAGAUGGCCUUCUUUCUUGGCUUUUGCUCGCAAAUCAAGGGCUCUUAUAAAACAAUACAUCCAGGUCAGGCAUGCACAGGGGAUCCACAAUGUUGACGGAGAUAAGAGUUAUAAAGCAUAUAUGCGUCCUGAGUUUUUUGAUGCUCACAUUACUCAGCUUGGAUGGCAGCAGAUUGAAAAUUUGCGUAAGCAUGUUCAUGCAUCCGGUCUUUCCAGGAAGAUUGAUUUGGUUGUAACAUCCCCUUUGCUCAGGACUCUACAGACCGCUGUUGGAGUAUUUGGUGGCGAAGGUUAUACACCUGGAAUGGACGUGCUUCCCCUGAUGAUUGCAAAUGCAGGCAAUAGUGCACGAGCUGCGAUUUCAAGUCUAAACUGCCCACCUAUUGCUGCUGUUGAGCUUUGUCGUGAACAUUUGGGAGUUCAUCCUUGUGACAAGAGGAGAAACAUCAGUGACUAUCAAUUCCUCUUUCCUGCAGUUGAUUUUUCACUGAUAGAAAGUGAUGAAGAUGUAUUGUGGAAGGCUGACGUUAGAGAGACAAAGGAAGAACUGGCAGCCAGAGGAUUGCAGUUCCUGAAUUGGUUAUGGACAAGGAAAGAGAAGGAGAUAGCCGUUGUAACUCAUAGUGGAUUUUUGUUUCAUACCCUAACUGCUUUUGGAAAUGACUGCCACCCGUUGGUAAAAAAGGAAAUAUGCAAACAUUUUGCAAAUUGUGAGCUUCGAUCUAUUGUCAUAGUUGAUAGAAGUAUGGUCGGGUCAGAUUCCUCAACAACUAAUUAUCCUGGAAAGGUACCUUCGGGGCUGGAUAUCCCUAGUGAUGCCGUGGAUGAUAAUAGUGUGAAGAAUGACAAACAACCAAUUGAUCCCGAACCAAAGGAACACGAAAAUAUGUAAGUCUGAUACGGCUAUAGACAGGGAUAUUCAAAUGUUGAGUGUCAAUUAUACAAACAAGUAUUUUUGAAACUGUCUUAUCUGGACUCAGCGCAACACUUAUAUAUUUACUUCAGAUAUCUGCAUUUCAAGAAAUCUGUGCUUUUGAGGAUUAAUUCAGAACAAGUGACACCCAUUUCAUUGAUGUAGAACUAUGAAGUCUACACUUAAUAUAUGGGUUUCCCUUUUCUUUUCUCAUAUUAUUAGUUGAAUUCUGUCUUCUUCGAAAUUAUAGCCAUCCAAGACUAAAUAAAGAAGAAUAUGUGGUGAAA